UGAAAAACAUGUGAAAUAAAAAAAGAUAUAGAAAUGAAAAACAGAUAUGGGGAGUCAAAACCCUAGAGGAGGUGGACCCUGUUGACAUCUUACCACUUAAACAAGAGCCACCAAGACCGAACCUCACUGUUAACACACAACGCAGCAGACAGUAAAGCAAAAAACCCAGAAAUAAUUUUCUGACAUGGCUGAAAUCUCGGCGACUUCGUUUCCUUCUUCUUCGUCAGCUGCUCUCGCGCUUCGCAGCUCCCUAAAUGGUAACAUAAGAUGUCAGAAUGUAGCUUGUCUAAGAACCACUUCUCUGUUUCAAGAGUUAUCUGUGAAACGAAGCCAGCUCUCUGGCAAUGCUGUUGCUACUACUACUCAUGUUCCCCUAACCCGCGGCUGCAAGAGUCAAGCAAUUCGAGCUGUUCUCUCCGGUGAUGGACAAACUGUCGUGUCUGCUGAUUCAAAGGAAGCCGGGCUUCGUGGCAAGCUGAAAAAAGUCGUUCUUGCUUACAGUGGAGGCUUAGACACCUCUGUCAUCGUGCCAUGGCUCAAGGAGAAUUAUGGCUGUGAAGUUGUGUGUUUCACCGCAGAUGUUGGUCAGGGUAUAAAAGAGUUGGAUGGUUUGGAGCAAAAGGCUAAGGCUAGUGGCGCUUCUCAAUUGGUCGUUAGGGAUCUCACAGAGGAGUUUGUGAAAGAUUACAUAUUCCCUUGUCUUAGAGCUGGUGCCAUCUAUGAACGAAAAUACUUGCUUGGUACCUCCAUGGCUCGCCCUGUCAUUGCUAAGGCCAUGGUGGAUGUAGCAGCAGAGGUUGGAGCUGAUGCCGUUGCACAUGGGUGUACUGGCAAAGGAAAUGACCAGGUUCGGUUUGAGCUCACCUUCUUUUCGUUAAACCCUGAACUUAAAGUUGUGGCGCCAUGGAGGGAAUGGGAAAUCCAAGGCAGAGAAGACGCUAUUGAGUACGCCAAGAAGCAUAACGUUCCUGUCCCCGUGACAAAGAAAUCUAUUUACAGCCGAGACAGGAACCUCUGGCACCUUAGUCAUGAGGGUGAUAUAUUGGAAGAUCCAGCAAACGAGCCCAAGAAAGAUAUGUACAUGAUGAGUGUAGAUCCCGAAGAUGCUCCUGAUCAGCCUGAAUACAUCGAGAUAGGGAUAGAAUCUGGACUUCCAGUGGCACUCAACGGGAAGGCUCUCUCUCCAGCCACCCUUCUCUCCGAGCUCAACACAAUAGGAGGGAAACACGGCAUUGGCCGGAUCGACAUGGUGGAGAAUCGUCUGGUCGGGAUGAAAUCACGCGGUGUCUAUGAAACACCCGGAGGCACCAUCCUGUUCGCAGCUGUGCAGGAACUAGAGUCCCUCACGUUAGACAGAGAGAGCAUUCAGGUGAAAGACUCGUUGGCACUGAAGUACGCGGAGAUGGUCUAUGCGGGGAGAUGGUUUGAUCCGCUUAAGGAGUCCAUGGACGCUUUCAUGGAGAAGCUAACUGAGAAAACUACAGGAUCCGUAACACUGAAGCUGUACAAAGGAUCUGUGUCGGUGACAGGGCGUAAGAGUCCGAACAGUCUGUACAGACAGGACAUAUCUUCGUUUGAAGGGAGUGAGAUUUACAACCAAGCUGAUGCAGCUGGGUUCAUUCGUCUUUACGGGUUGCCUAUGAGAGUUAGAGCGAUGCUUGAGAAAGGCAUUUAGAAAAAGGUUUCAUCGUGAGUUUAUUUGAAUGACAUUAGAAGAUCACUUUCCUUGUGUUCAAGAUUUGAUGCGUUUUAGCUUCAGCUUCUGUUUGGAAUAAUUGUGUUAUUUCUUCACUUUGUUUUCGUUCUGGAGAAACUCAAUAAAUCGAAUAAUGUGUUACUGUGAA